CAGAGCUAAUUUCAAAGUGGGUCACAAAUUUUGCAAUUUAUUAAUUAAUGACUGUAAAAAUCGAACCAAAAACUGCGCUAACUACGUGCUUUUAGCUCUGAGUAAUAAGUGAAAUCAAUCUUCGCAGAAAUUGAGCAGAGAAUGGUCUGAAAAAUGAAAUAUUAAAUGUGCGAAACUCGAUGAGAUUUGCUGUCGCUGUAUAUACGUAAGUUGUUGAAGAAAAGGGACGACCGCGAGAGGACGCAAAAGCAAUCAAAUACAAAGGGCAUCUUCGGAUUGCGGAUGAAGAGUAUAGCGUCGAAAGGGAGCAGCAAAAUCAGAGAAAGGCCAUGAAUAAAACGGCAGCGGCAAAACAACAAUCGUUUGCAUUAUUUCUGCUGGCUUUGGUCGUAAUUGGAACCACACCCGGAAGAGUACAGCCAGUGUCGGCGGCUGCAGCUCGGGACGGUGCUUCUACAGUGGGAGGAGACUGGGACGAUCCACUGGAUGAGGAGGAAGGAUACUGUGCUCCGUACAAUGGGAAGGUUUGCAAAUCGUUCGUCAAUAGUCGGCAAGUUUGGUACAGCCGAGAGGACGGCGCUGGAGGUUGGGAGAAUGAGAAGAUAACCGCUGCUUUGUUUCGAGAGUUGAUCAAUGAUCUACCGGACUACUGUAGACCUGCAGCCGAGAAAUUGCUUUGUGCUUAUGCGUUUCCCCAAUGUGUCAUCAAAGAUGGGGUUACGGUACGACUGCCACUAUGUUAUGAAGACUGCGUGGCCACUCAUCUACAAUUUUGCUACAAUGAUUGGGCACUUAUCGAGGAGAAGAAGGAGCGUGGCGAUGUAAUCAAGUCGAGAGGUCACUUCCGGUUGCCGAACUGUGAGGAACUUCCGAGGUUUAACAAAAGUGCUCGUUCCUCCACUUGCUCGCACGUUGGCCUUACCGAGUUGGUCCAAGAAGAAGUUACAUACGACUGCCGCAUGGGAAAUGGUCGCUUUUAUUUGGGAAAUAUGAACGUUACCGUCACCGGAAUAGCGUGCCAAAAAUGGGACUCUCAGGAACCGCAUUCCCAUCAUAAGCCACCGUUGGUAUUCGCCGAGCUGCAGGACGCGGAAAACUAUUGUCGAAACGCUGGUGGCGAAGAACCAACUCCCUGGUGUUACACGACGGAUAAAACCGUCCGUUGGCAAGCGUGUGAUAUCCCACUCUGUCCCAAUUCGACCGACAUUAGUGCCACCAAGAAACCUGUAAACAUUGUGAUGGAAUCGGUAUUCACUCCUUCAAUGAUUUUCCUACUAUCUGGCAUUGGAUUCGUCGCAAUCGUCCUGCUGCAUUUGAUGGUGUUCCUGUGCUACCGAAUAGCUCAGCACAAUCAGAACCGACGGCAGGGAGCCGCCGGAUAUAAUACCACCUCGACGCAGGAUACUCAAGGUAUCGACAUUAACAAACUGCCCAGCAAUGUAAAUUAUCAUAGAACCGGAGCUCAACUGAAUCCUAAAUUAGAAAAACUCGAGUUCCCGCGAAAUAAUAUCAUUUAUAUUAAGGAUCUAGGUCAGGGGGCGUUUGGGCGCGUCUUCCAAGCGAAGGCUCCCGGUUUGAUAGGGGGAGAAGAUUUUACCCUGGUGGCGGUAAAAAUGCUCAAAGACGAAGCUAGUCAAGAUCUGCAGGUUGAUUUCGAACGGGAGGCAUGCCUACUCGCUGAAUUCGAUCAUCCCAACAUUGUAAAGCUGCUGGGGGUCUGUGCCAUUGGAAGCCCAAUGUGCUUGCUGUUUGAAUUUAUGGCACGUGGCGAUUUGAAUGAAUUCCUCCGGCAGUGUUCGCCUUUCGCCCAGCAAAACCGCGCAGAUAACAUCACCACUGAGCUGUCCCACGGCGAUCUGCUCAGUAUAGCAUCACAAAUCGCAUCCGGAAUGGUCUAUCUUUCGGAGAGGAAAUUUGUUCACCGAGAUCUGGCCACACGAAAUUGCUUGAUCGAUGACAAUAUGGUGGUAAAGAUUGCUGAUUUCGGCCUGUCUCACAAAAUCUAUCUGCAGGACUACUACAAAGGAGACGAAAAUGAUGCCAUCCCGAUUCGCUGGAUGCCUUUGGAAAGCAUUCUUUAUAAUAAGUAUACAAUCGAAUCGGACGUUUGGGCGUACGGUGUUUGCCUGUGGGAAAUCUUCUCAUUCGCCAUGCAACCCUACUAUGGCAUGACGCACGAAGAAGUCGUCAAAUUCGUCAAGGAGGGCAACAUGCUCAGCUGUCCGGAAAAUACGCCUUUGACGGUGUACGAUCUGAUGCGAAAGUGCUGGAGUCGAAAACCUGCAGAUCGACCUAGCUUCUCACUUAUCUACCAAAAGAUACAGCAAAUUAGGGCAGAUUUCGACGGAAAGAUGCUGAUGUAGUCCCUUCAGUGAGUAUGUUACGCAUUUCGAUUUAAAGUUAUUUGAGGUCUGUCUUACUGCCAUCCCCUUAUCGUUUUACGUACCUAUUUGCAAUUUCUUAUUGAUUAAGACUUGAAAGACUUCUACGCCAUUUUUGUUUUCUGGAUUAGCAAGACUUACUUUACAGGUACACUACUGACUGAUUUACUUUUAGCUUAUUUUUAAAACACGUUUUGCCACAAAAGGUGCUCACCAUCUGAACAGUAUUGAUAUGGUGGAUCCAUCCAGAACACAUCACACAUAUGUAGGUAACAACUACCAACCUGAACGAUUCGGGAAAAAAUGUCGUAUUCACGGUACGUUUGGCUUUUUGAUUCCAUUGCAUGGGUCUGUUUGAAGAUAACGUUAACGCAAAAGCGGUUACCGGUGGGGUCCUUUAACCAUGCGUUAUUUAUGGAAUUGAGGCGUUUAAAAAUUCCGCUUUUUAACAAUUCGUUUAUUAGACCUUAGUCAACGGCUUGGAAAAAGAAAACCUUACGGAGCCGAAGGA